CGAACUCGUUGUUAAAAAUCAAUCCCGCCCACAAAACCCCACUGGCCCACCUCUCCCUAUUCUGUUCACUCUACCUCUGCCAAUUUAAGGAGUUAGAAUUCAAAUGAAAUAAGAAUUAAAAUCAUUGCAAAACAAAUGCUGUUAGAAAAGAUAUAAUAUUAAUCGGAACCUCAGACUAUUCAUAGUUACAAGUGGGUCUAUAAAGCAAGUCCUGUCAACCGCUAAAAAUAUGGAUUUGACACACUUCUGUUUUAGAGGGAAUGGUUUUUUCUCUUUCUGGUGACCUGCCAGAAAAUCUUUGAAAGCCCCCUUUUUUCCUAGGGCUGAUUUUUUUUUCUAAAGUUUUGAAGAUCAUUGUUGUUUUUUUUUAGCAAUUUCCUGGAUCACGCUGGUAAGAAGCUGCAAGAUGUAACAGCGAAACGGAAACUGGUUGUGUCAUCUGUCUAAAUUAGGGACUGUUUAGUGUAAGUAAUGUAAGUAAACAGGCACCGCAUGAAAUGCUGCUGGUCCAUUCUAGUCAUACGACAUGCAUGCUACCCGAGGACAUGUAAAGAUUCAGUACAAGCCACAGAAAGCCUUGGUCACCUGUCCGCCAUAUCACAAUCAAAAAAACCGAAUAAGUGUUUUUGGUCUAAAGGAUGCCUGUAUAGCAACCAGAAACUUUCAAAGCCCUGGAUGUUCACUGGAAUUAUCAGCCAUUAUCUCCCGAGUAUCUGAAACAGGAGACGAGCAUCAGUAAUCAAUUAAUAUUAUUCAACUAUUUUAAUUUAAUUUUAAGAACGAUGACUAAUACGACACCACGUUAUGGCGAUGUGAAACGUAAUUAAACUCAGUGUACCAUAAUCCUUCGCAAGGCUGCGCCGUCUGAUACUGUUGAAAGCCACUCCCUGGAUUUUAUUAACCAAUGGCUGUCUGCCUUCAUUGCAUGAAACUACAACAACGUGUACCGAAAGAAGGAAAUUCAUAAUUGGCUAGAGGGAGCAUCGCCGUUUUUUUAUUUGCAAGUCGAUUCAGCUUAGAGGGAAUUGUCGUGUUGCAGGCGUGGGUUUAGGUACAAAUUAAACAGGUAGUUAAAAAACCGAUGCUGUCGGGGGUUAAAAGUGGCGUGACUAGGAGUCGCAGCUCGCAGUCACGAUACAUUAAAAUAGUAUAAUAAUCAGCAAUUACCUAGAAAGCAAAUUGUAAAAUUUAAACCAGCGAUUGUAUUUGACAGUAGCAAACGCAUCUGAGCAACACAUAGCGAACGGUUUUUUGAAAAGCCCCAGGGCAAUUUUUAUAUAGUGCAGUGAAACAUUUCUACUGCUUCAUUGUAUUCAUAUUGCUUUGGAUUAUAAUUAAUGAAUUGUCUUCGACAUUUUGUACAAAAACUUUCCUACGUAGUUAAUCAGAACAUCUACUCGUCAGCACAACACUGGAAUUAUCAGGGUUUAACAAGAGCGAGUAGUUCAUACCGUAAGGUUUUAGGAAGAAUGCAGUCAGGACAUCAUUUGUUUGAGAGUGCAAGCGAUGGGAGUCUUUCCAACUCUGCUGCAACUGCUUGCGGAAACAGAACUGCACUUACAGCCAAGGCCACCGAUGCCUUUGAGGGCAAAACAGGAGACUCUUCGCGAUGUCAAACGGCACGUUUAGAUUAUUUAAAGGCUCCGAGUCCUAAAGGAGGCAAUGGAGAGGACGACUCCGAAGCGGAAUCGUACAAGGAUGGGCGAACAGAAGAAGUUGACAGGAUGACGAAGGUCAGGGCAUACGCCUGGUGCAGAGAAUACCUGUCUGGAUCCUGGAAACUCGUCUUCGAACAUGAUUUUCAAAUUAGCGUUAUCAGUGGUGGGCUCAGUAACCUGCUGUACCUUUGCUCCCUGCCUGACCAUGUACAAAGUGUUGGAGAUGAACCACGUCAAGUGCUGCUUAGAAUAUAUGGAGCAAUUUUGCAGGGUGUGGAUUCUGUCGUACUGGAGAGCGUUAUGUUCGCAAUACUGGCAGAGCGAGCACUGGGACCCCGACUCUUCGGCAUCUUCCCCGAAGGACGGUUAGAGCAAUACCUUCCGAGUAAUCGGCUGCUGACCGAACAAUUGCGCAUUCCUGAUAUCUCUGCAGAGAUUGCAGUGAAAAUGUCUCGCUUUCAUGGUAUGAGCAUGCCUUUCAACAAGGAGCCCAAAUGGCUCUUUGGGACAAUUGAAAGGUACAUGCAGCAAAUUUUGAAACUGAAGUUCACAAGAGAGGCUCAUGUGAAAAAGUUCAACAGGUUGAUGAACUAUAACCUGCCUGAAGAGCUGAAGAGCCUCAGGAAACUUCUCGAAUCAACACCCUCUCCAGUAGUUUUCUGUCAUAAUGAUGUGCAAGAAGGCAACAUUCUCAUGUUGGAAGAUAGAGAUCCCUCUUCAAAAGAAAAAUUGAUGCUCAUAGAUUUUGAAUACAGCAGCUACAAUUACAGGGGUUUUGAUAUUGGAAAUCAUUUCUGUGAAUGGGCAUUUGACUACACCUAUAACCAGUGGCCUUUUUUCAAGGCGAAUCUAGAAAACUAUCCAAACAGACAGCAGCAACUUCAUUUUAUCCGUCAUUACUUGUCCGAGAGCAAUGGAAAUGCAGGAUAUUCUUCACAGGAAGACCAAUCAAAAAUUGAGGAGGAGAUGAUCAUGGAAACGAACCGAUUUGCAUUGGCAUCUCACUUCCUCUGGGGAUUGUGGUCCAUUGUACAGGCUAAAUUAUCCACAAUAGAGUUCGGGUAUAUGGAUUAUGCCCAGUGUCGAUUUGAUGCAUACUUCAAGCAAAAAAAGGAGUUUGCUUAACUUUUUUUUUUUAUUCAAGCACAAUGUGAAAUUAAUCCAUUACAUGUUUCACCACAGCCAAUGGAACUUUCAGUUCUGUUGAUAGAAUCUCCUAAGAGCAGCUAAUUCUGUUGAUAAUUCUUUUACUUGGUUAUUAUAUUUUUAUCACUCAUGUGAAAUCAGCUUAUUUAAAACAAAACACAUAAAUCCACUGUUAGCGUAUAGGGGAAACUAAGAAAUAACAAAUAUUAUAUUAAAAUAAACUUAUGAAGCUUUGAACCAGUUAAUACAACAAGUCAUUCACAGAGAAGCCAGUACUUCUCAAAAUAAGCCACAUACAUCUCGGAUCAAGCUAAGUAUCCUCAUCUUAUGAGAAACAUGCUUAUAGUUAAUUUCAUCCGCUGUAAUAAUGAUCUUUCACAAAACAUACACCCUAGACAAGAGACAUGCAAGCAAGGGAACAUUAUUUUGUAUUCACUGAAAAUAGACUGUCUGUCAUUGCUACUGUAAACGCCUGAAGCAAAAGCUCAUGAUUUAUCCUUUAUACUGCAGUAAUGUAUUCCUUCUGUCAUACAAAGAAAUUCUUAGUGUAGUUUUCCAAAUUAUCUAUCAUAAGCAUUCUACUGUUUUAUCUUAAUAUUGAUGCAUAUCACACAAUACUUGUAAUUACCCAAAAACACACUAGAUACUGUAUCUCAUUAUCCUAACUUCUUGUAAAUUCUGUUAAUUCAUUCCCCUAGUACUAUUCUACAGUUCCAAACAGUGGGUCCAAUUUUGGUUCUUUAUUCUUAUGGGUAAUUUGGGUUUUUGUAUAUCAAGAUGUUGACUGUUUUACUUAUAGUUUCCUGCCUUUACCUCAUUACUUGUUGAAAUGUGCAGUGAUCAGAAUCCAAUUGCAGAAUGCGAUGUGCAGUCAUUUAUAGGCAUGUUCUCCACUGGAAAACAGUAGGAAUCUUCAUUCUGUCAAUGCAAAGUGAGUGAUAAUGUUAAUUCACUGUGUAUAGCAGCAUAUGGGAGUUGUAAUUGGCUUUGCUUCAGAGCCUGCCUGAUGUUCAUUCUCCUCUACUUAAUAUUUUAAAUGAGAUUCAGAGUUGAUUUAUUUUAUUUCAGUAAAUUCUUAUUUCUAACAGUGGCAACAUCAUCACAGUCACAGGAAAUUAAGUAGUAUGUGGAUGUUUCUAUUGUGACUUUAAAAUACCAGUAAUUUGGUUAAAAAAAAAAUAUCCUUGACUUUUAAUGCAUUUUUGUCAAUGCAGUUUCUCAUUUAACUUGAUAGAAAGCCAAUGUUCUCAGUUAAGUUCAGCUUCUUUUGCUUUAUAUUAGAUGAUGUUUAAUAGCUCUCUUGAUGCAAAGCGUGAGGGUCAAGACCCUGGUGUUUGUUGCAUCUGUUUUGACACUUUUCAGGACCUCGACACAAAAGGUUAAUUUAGGAGUUUUCAGUUUUGAUGUAAUCAUGUUCGUUUCUAGGUUUUGUUUGACAGAAAUCACCACAACAGGUGUACAGUACACAAGUACUGUAAGUAAAUCCCAAACCCAUAACCUGUUACGGCAGACUUUGUUAUGCAGUAAAUAUGUUUGCCUUGGGUUUCCAAACUUUCAACAGUGCCUGUGUUCAGUCUAGUUUAACUGCCACCAUUUAAAAAUAUUUCAGCUUUACAUUACUAAUGAAUUCUUCAUAGCUUCAGCCACUGUAGAAGACAUAGAAUUGUGAUGCUUAUCAGAAAUAUAAUAAUGCUUAGAGUCAUAAGUGCUCAAAAACUUAAUAAUUGAGCAAAAAUGGUUUUGGGAUCCAUGGGACCUGUAAAGUUCUAGAGUAUUUGUUUAUAAUAGGUGGUCUGUAUGAGCUGCUGUCUCAUUUUUGUUUUGCCAGAAGGGUUGGGGGGGAUGAUGUUUACAUUAAAACUAAAGCUGGGACCACAACAAGCUGCAAAAUUAUCAAGAACAUGAUGACAUAGUUCCCAAUUAACAGAGUAAUGGCUAGAAAAGGCUUAGCCAAUUGGUUUAACAAAUGUCUCCCAUGCAAUAUUCAAUUUUAUCACAAACUAAGAACAAAUACAACAGAUAAUAUUGAAAAUCUAAAAAUCCUUCAACUCCUUUUGCUGUUGACAGAUGUCAGUGUUAGAUGGGGGGUUUAGAUGGACUUAAAGAAACCUAAACAGCUGGAGAGGAAGGCAGACUCCUUUUUGACUCCUCAAAAAUAAAAAACUGAAAAUGUAAAAGAUGCGUAUUUUUUAGGUUGAAGUAACUUAUUUUUACUUAAGUGAAUAUUGUGGUUAUCAACUGUAUUGUUUAUUAACUUCUGACCAUUGGAAGCGGAGUUGUUUUGGCUCCAUUGUUUGCUAAAUACAUUGGGCAUACUGUAAAAAAUCCAAUGCAAUACUGUGUGCAUAUCGGACCUUAUUUUAGUAUUUCAUUAGCUACUUACCAGAAAGUAGUUGAUACAAAAUGACACUAUAUACAUAUUCUGUUCUUAUUUGUGCAAAAUAUGCCAUUUCCCUUCUAGACAGCUACAUCAACAAACUAUCUUCUGUAAAUACAGAAGUAUUUGACAUCUGAGUAAAUUAUUCUGGACAUCAACAUCACUUUCCAAUGCAGCUAAUAAAAGUAAAGUCUGAAAAGUUUAAAAUGUUUUUUAUUUAUCUGGGAGGCCCAUUUAUUAGAACAAUGUUUACAUAAACCACUGUAGACCACUGUAGUUUACAGUAAACCACUGUAGACGUACAUCCUGAAACGGAUAAGUUGAAACUCAUUGAUUUGCACGUUUCAUUUUUGCCUUGUUUAUAUUACUGUCCUUGUGUAUUGCUGUUUUUCUGACAGUCCAGAAUAGUGUACAAAUAGAAGACUUCUAGUUGAAGUGGUUCAGUUUAACAUUGCUGCUUAAAGUGUACAUUUGAUUUUACUAUUUAUGUUAAAAGGGUUAGGUGUACAGGUAUGAAACAAAAAUAUGAUGUUAACAUGACUGAAGUAAAAAUCCUGUAUACUGUAUGUUUUGCAAGAAAUUGUGACUAUCAUGCUUAGAAAAUAAAUUCUCUGGAGAUGGUAUCUAAUACUUUAGGAAUCUAGUUCCAAUAUUUUAAAGAUGGAUAAAUAUACUUAUUACAGUAUAUUCAAUUUUUCCCACUACAGAAAAAUUACAUACUCAGAAU